AUGCAUUCAAAUAGCUUGCUUGCCGGGGAUGCCGACAAUCCUGUAAAUCUGAAGGCAGAUGUAUCAGAUCAGCUCAACAUCAGGCCACUCAUUGACUGGACCUCCCAGCGGCACUCGUCUGCUCCCCUCGCUCUGCUGGCUGUAGUCUCUUUGUCGGGUAAGGCAAAAUGGUUGCCAAUGGUCUUCUGGGCAGAGGCAAGUGGAUUGGGACCACGGCAACUGACUAAAGGCGACAAGUCUACAGGUGAGGAGACAGGUGUGCAUUUUAUCUGUCUCUUGGAGGCGAGUAAUGGUGGUGAUCGCUGGAGUCGUAUUGAUUUUGCGGAGACAAUGGCUGAAAAGAAGCGUGAGACGGGAACGGAGAAAGCCGACUCUCAAAGGAGGAUGGCAUCAGAGACUGAUCAUCUACCGUUGAUAGCCAUUUCUCUUCACUCAGAGCGCCGCCUAGAGCUGAAAGCUGAAAGUGGUCUUGCUCACAUCAGAGAGGACAGAGCUUCUGGCCUGAGUUAUUCCAGAUCAAGGUUGGACCAGCUUAAUGGCAUUCAGGACUUGGCAAUAAGUGAGAUCUUCAGAGGGCAGGAGCUUGGAUCCGGUUUGGUCGAAAAUGGAUCCAAGGCUGUGAAGGAGUCCAGUGUGGAGGUUGAUGAAAGGACAAAUGCUGAGCUGAAAAGCACAUAUGCAAAUGGGGACGAAAGCGUGAGAGGCACAAAUGGUAUGAAAAGCAGCACGACCGUCGAGCUUUCCUGGACCCUGUCGUCAGAGGGUUCUGUCGUCAACCUGGCACAGAUACUGGUUGAGGUGCGAAGUUCAGGUAAUCAAUGA